CAAAAGAUCUCGAACAGAAUAUCAGCAGAAGAUAACAGUAGCAAAAUGUCACUGUCCGUCCGUACUUCAGGCUCACCUAAAUUAGAUAUCGAAAUCCUAAGCAAUAAAAACGUAUCUGUGAGAUCGGAGAGCUUGAUAGGGGCAAGAGAAGCCUCAAGGCUCGAUAAUACUGAUCAUGUUUCCUGGUCUAGGUUUUCUGAAGAAAAAAGCCUUCAAAUUGCCAAAUCGGAGAAAGGAGGCCCACAGACCCGAGAAUGAAGUUCUCGCGGCUAUCGGAGGCCAUCUGACGACUCAAUCAUCACUAGCAGAAGGUGUAUUAGACCAACGUGAUGAAGACUCAGUCUCUUCGGUUGCUACAUCGUCCCACUUGAGAGAUGAGAUAAAUGACUCCCUUGUUGAGAGUGCUUUUGACAGUGGCCGACGAUUUCUCCCUGAAGGUAGCCUCGACAGACUAGUCACAUCUGAAAACGUCUUGGGGGUGCUGACAUACUUGGGGGCUAAUACGGAAGAAAUUCAAUCUCUCGUUGACUUUGUCCUAACCAAGGCGAGAAAAAUCUUUAUUGUUAUAGUAAACACUGAUAUGAUCAAUGUUAGUGACGCACUUGAGAGUUGUCGACGGUCGGGCGUCACAGACCGUCACCUACCCCUCCCGCGAGAACUCAUCAACUGCGGAGGGAUGAAAAAUCAUUCAACGAGGAAAGAUUGCCAACAUGAGGUGGAACUGGAGGUAUUCCAUGAGAAGCCAUGGCGUCGUUCGGCUAUCUCAGCUUUUUACCAUGCGCAGUGGCAGUUUCUUGCACCCUCAUUCACCCCUUACCAUCGUGACAUGACAUUGGAUGUCAGAGCUAUCUUACCGUUUGUCCACGUUGGCCGGGACGCCCGAGUGGGGUUCUUUAGUGAGGUUUAUGAAGUUGAGUUGCAUCGUGACCAUCAUAAUGGGAUUAUACCAGCCGAGGACGGACAUGAACUUCGCGUCGCGCUAAAAGAGCUGCGAGCGGACUCUAAUAAUGAUGACAUCCGCGACACAUUUGAGCAUGAGAUGAGAUCUUUCGAAGCACUCCGUGAGUUUCAACACAAACACUUGAUUACUACGAUGGCCUCGAUUGUCCGAGGAGAAAGGCGGUAUUUCAUAUUCCCUUGGGCAGAUGGAGAAGACUUGCGAGCAUUCUGGAUGACAACAGAGUUCUGGCCCCUGACACCGCAUCUAAUACUGGAAACCGUGCAACAACUGGGCGGUCUAGCUAGCGCCCUAUAUACACUGCAUCAAGGCGGGUGGAGGCACGGAGAUGUGAAGCCUGAGAAUAUCCUAAGAUUCAAAGACCGGACUACCCUGGGGAUCCUCAAGCUUGGUGAUCUGGGGCUCGCCAAGACACACCACCAGUCAACGGCACUUCGACAGGCCCCAACCACGACAAGGGUUGGGACCAUGCGCUACGAGCCACCCGAGACUGUCGUCUCCAAUAACCAGCCGAGAUCACGAAAAUAUGACAUAUGGUCGAUGGGUUGUGUUACCAUGGAAUUCGUCAUUUGGUUGCUAUACGGGCCAACUGGACUAAACGAGUUUAGUCGGGCUCUCUCCAAAGAUAAUACCAUUGGAGAGGCAUUUUAUUCAACGAGACAAGGCGAUUACCAUAGAUUGCAGGCUGAGGUGCACCCUGUAGUCAGUCUCUGGAUGGGCGAGAUAUCCAAGAAUCCAGAUUGGCCGCGAGAUUCAGCAAUUGCUGACCUCGUGAGACUCGUCGAGACUCAUCUGCUUGUGGUCCGCACAUCAUCGGCGAAGCCUCCAUUGUCCAUGAUAGAACAGUCAAAUUCAGAACAAUUGACCAUAACAAUAGGGAUGGAUUCCCAACCGGAUAUGUCGAACGUUCGAGCGGAUGCCCAUUUUUUACAAAAACGAUUAGAGCUAAUCCUACACAAAUGUCAGACAGAUCCCGAAUACUUGUUUCCCAGAUCAGCGAGAGCAGCUCUCUAUCGCCGCCCUAUACCAGGUCAUAAAAAUACUCAAACUAGACUGCGAACAGGUCAACAUAUAGACAUUUUGAAACCAAGUGCUCUUCACGUGCUAGCUGUACCCGAGCGCUUGCCUCUACUGUCUCGAGCGGGCGCGGCGGAAGAGUACAGUAACACACAGGGAAAUACCAUUGAGGAUACUUGGGAAUAUAUCACAGACAACGAUUUUGCCAGUCGGUUCUUCCAGUCUUUCGCCACUCCAACCACCCCUGGGCGAAAUGCAGACCGAGUCUGUGCUUACUGCACAGAAAUUGAUUUCUGCGUUCCCGAAUUUUCUAUGAGCUACACGACAAAGUACCUUCAAGAAACUGCCCCCUAUUGUUGUCUCUGCUCUCUCUUGUAUAAUGCCCUUACCCGUAAUGAUCCGAGGCAGCUGGACCUUCGUGUGAUUCAUUUCAAACGCUAUGACUCAAUAAUAAAAAGCCAGACAAGCGGCUCUCCUAUUCUAUCCAUGGUUUCAGACCCCAUAAACUCAAUAGCGUCUCCGACAGCACGUCUAAUACCAGCUGAGAUUCAAAUCGGACUCCCAAAUCUACAUGACUUUGAUAGCGCAGCCCACCGUCACCUCCUCAGGCAGUGGCUGGCAAGUUGCGACUUCGAACACCAGUGUAUCUCCGGAAAUAAAUCAAAUCGUUAUUUUCCAACCCGAAUCCUAUUUGUAGAGGGUGAUGACGCCCCCACUGUACGUCUGAUCGAAACCAUAACAAUGGUGGCCAAGCCUAAGUCAUAUAUCACUCUCUCGUACGUCUGGGGUUCGCGCAAUGCGAAAUGGAGGCUUAAUAGGAGUAACUACUCACAAUUCCAGUACGGCACACCCACCAGCGAGCUGCCGCCUUCGUUUCGUGAUGCUGCUCUGGUUGCUCUACAAAUGGGCAUCCCAUAUCUCUGGAUCGACGCCCUUUGUGUUAUCCACGACGGCGACCUCGACACAGCAGCAGAUGUUAUGGAAAGAGACCAGGCUUUCCGAGGGUCUCACUGCACCGUCUCGCUAAGCUCCGCUGUUAGCAUCAAUGAUGGAUUUCUGAAACCGCGAAGACAUAGGGAGGCGGUAAAAAUGAAAAGAGAGAACGGAGGUAUCUAUUAUGUUUGCGAACUAAUCGAUGAAUUUAGCAAAGAUGUAGAAGAGUCGCCUCUGAGUUCGAGAGGCUGGGCCUUUCAGGAGCGCAUUCUGUCGCGGCGGAUGAUAUUCUUCACGGCUAAUCAGACAUAUUGGCAAUGCGGUGAAGGCAUCCGCUGCGAGACUCUGACCAAGUUGGGAAACUGGAGGUCAGCCAUCCUAGGCGACCCAGACUUUCCUGCAAGGUCCCUAAAGACUUUACACCCUGUUCAGACCUACCAACAGUUCUACGAACGGUACUCGUUGCUUAGAUUCAGUUUCGCUACAGACAGGUUGCUUGCCUUCCAGGGCCUGGAGAAGCGAGUCUUGCUAUCUUUAAAAUCCGCGGGGGGUUACGGAGUUGUCGAGCGCUUCUUCCACCGCAGCCUCCUCUGGCGCCGGGGCCCCGAACAGACACUGGAGCGAAUAGAGUUCCCUGAAGAGCAACAUAUUCCAAGCUGGUCUUGGCAAGCAUACAUUGGUGGUAUAACUUAUCUGGAAAUGCCGCCUGACACUAUCGCCUGGAACAAGAACUGUUACACCCCGCGCCAUGACUUCAGCGAACUCAUAGCUGAAGCGUGGGACUUUGACUUCCAGGCUGCGUCUUCUGACGAAUCCAACAAUUUAACGGUGGUUUGGGAUCAGGGCGAGCAUGGUAGGAGGGAAGACCUGAAGUGCAUUACUGUCGGAAGUAGCAAGGCUAGUUCCGAUGAAAUUGGACCACGUAGUGCAAAUUAUCUCCUCAUUGUUGCACCUAGUGGCGACCACAACAUAUUCGAGCGUCUCGGAGUCGGAUAUAUGGACGGAAUAGAGCCUGUAUCAAGGGACAAGUUGAUGAUUCGAGUUCGCUAGAAGAGGACUGUAAAAAGGAAUCGAUAGGCAGCUCCCUAAUCGAUUGAUUUCAGCGGACUUUGAUGCGUUUCUUCUUCCAUGAAGCUUAGUUAGAUCUCGUCUUCCGUAUUUACAGAAAAUCUGAAACAGGAGUCCGUUGAUAUUCUCGCUCUUUUACCCUGCCU